AUGAAGCGCAUUGUAAGGAAUUGUCAAACGCUCGCUCGUAGCUUUCGAUACAAGUCUGGGAAUGGGAGCAAGUGGACACGUUGGCGAUUUGCUUCUGCAGCUCUAGCAGGAGCUGGAGCGUUUGUGGUUCACCAAGGCUUCUCACCAAACACCAGCAUUGAUAUCCUCGUAGUGAACGCUAGUUUCUGUCACUUCCUUCCUACACAUCUAUUACAGCAAGGGAUGACACAUGCUCAUUAUCAAGUCCACACUGAUCACAAAUUGACGAAGCGAGAGCUACGGUUCCUACAGUUUGCUUCUAUUGAAUAUGAUGACGUCAUCUACAUGAGUCCCAUGGAUUUCAUUGAUUCGCUGACACUGGAUGCACCACGAGAACGCGUGUACAGGAGAGUACUGAAGGAGAAAGAUUUGAAAGAAAUGCUCAAGUGUACUCCAUCUUUCCGCUCAGGAAACAAGGAAUUAUUCCGCUCACUUGACCAGAAUGGCAUCAUCUCCUACUCAGAAUACAUCUUUCUCCUUACUCUAAUAACAAAAUCGAAGUCCUCCUUUAAAAUCGCCUUUCUUAUGUUUGACAGGGAUGACAACGGGAGAAUCGACAAGAAUGAGUUUCUACUGAUUCGUGGUUUGAUGACAUCACUGCGUUCCACUCGCGGUGCUCAAACAAAGGAGUCAGUUGAUCAGUCGUGCGAGUUGGAUGUGUCCGAUUUUCAUUUUUCGGUAUUGCGUCCUCUUCGUCUUAACACAGGAUCGGAUUCGUAUGCCCUUCUUUUUAAUAUCUCUAAAAUGUUUGCUGCGCGCUCUGCUCAGCUGUACGGAACUUGUCUCGUUCCCAAAAGUGAAGAAGAAGUGAAGAAUCAGGACACCACCUUGUUGUUACAUCUUUUCGGAAGAGGCGGGAAUGGCACACUGUCAUUCGACGAGUUCAGGAAUUUCUACCAAAACCUACAAGAAGAACUUAUGGAGAUUGAGUUCCAUGAAUUCGCUCGAGGCAAAGCGACCAUUUCCCCAAUGGAUUUUGCACGUCUUGUCCUAAGGUACACUAUUGUUAACAAGGACGACUACCACAAAUACAUAAAUCGUGUAAAGGAACGUACGAGUCCUGACGACAAGGGUGUCACACUUGGUCAAUGGGCGAGCUUCUCGUUGUUUCUGAACAACCUCGAGGAGUUCAGCACAGCAGUACGACUGUACGCGAACGCAAAUAUGCCAGUUUCACCACCAGAAUUUGCGCGAGCCGUUCAGACAACCAUCGGCCAGCCUUUUGGACCCGUUACGUGUAUCUCUGUAGUCUAG